AUGGAAAUCCAAAUCGGGCAGAUAGCUGAAGCUAUGAAGCUAAAGCAAAAAGGAACGUUGCCUGGGACAAUUGAGACUGUCCCAAACCAAGCGAAGGCCAUAGAAACAAAGGGUGGAAAGCGAACGCAAUCACCACCACUGCCAGACAAAGGUAUUAAUCUUUCUUCUACUACUAUUGUUGCUAACUUGCCUGUACAGGAUGAAGUUAUACAGAUUCCAGCUGAGGAAGAAGGUCGAUCCCAUCCACGAGCGAUACCAGCCGCUCGAGUGCCUGAACUGAAGGAGAAGGGUCCCGCUCAGCCUUUGGGCAGGGCUCCCUUUCCUACCCGACUUGGGAAGAAGGACAAUUCCAAGGAAUUUGAUAAGUUUUUGCAUAAUUUCCGUAGUCUUAGAGUUACUAUGCUGUCUGCUGAUGCUUUUUCGCAGAUGCCACAUUACGCUAAGUUCAUAAAAGACAUCAUCAAUCGAAAGCGGGCAUUCCCUGAUGAAGCGGCAGCGGUGCAAUUGGAAACUGUGUGCAGCGCUGUAUUUAAGGAGGACCUCCCAAAGAAAUUGAGCGAUCCUGGGAGUUUUUAUCAUUAUUUGUACUAUAGACAAUUUAGAGCCGAUUAG